GCUGGACCUUGGGUGGGGGGCGGGAGUGGGAGGAAAGCGUUGGCAUGGCGGAGGCGCGGCCCAAUACAGGUGCGUUGAAUCUGAAUCCUGAUGCUGAUGAUUCCAUUUCAGGAGAAAGACUAUCUACAGAUAUAAAUUGGAUGAAGAAAGAUAGGAAAGAAUGUAGUAGGAAUCAAAAUAGAAGAAGUUUAUUAUGUCCUACUCUAUCUGAAAAAGUUACAGAUUAUGGAAGCUCUUCCACAAAGCAUUAUGACGUUUAUAAUCCAGAAAGUCGGUAUGGGAAUUCUGAAGAUUUUCACCAAUAUUUUGGUACCAGAAGUUCAAAGAAUCGUAGUUUUCAAAAUCAGAGGUGGCACAGAUCAAGGAACGAUACCACAUGUACUAAAAGUAAGGUAAGACAAAGUACUGCAGAGGCUGCUGCUUGUCCUGGAAUUUCAGAUGCUGCAAAGCUACCUGGAAGAAGAGCGCCUAUUAAAGGAUACAAUGAAUUUAUCUCCUCAGAGAGUGACAGGGAAGUAGCUAAUGCAGAUAGCCGAGGAGCAAAGCCAAAGAAGUCACACCUGGUACAUGCACCUGGAAGAGGUUUCAGGGAGAAGGGAAAGCAAGUGCAUGAGCGAGAGAAGAGAAUGAGCUCUAAACAGAAAGUAGAGCUUUUUGAAAAUACUCCAUCUUUGGAUUUGACUCAGUCGGACUCUUCAGAAUCUUCUGCUGGGAAGGCAUUCAGUGAGGCACCAAUUGGUAGUGGGGAUGAGCAGAAAGGCUACAAUUACGUAAACAAAAGAUAUCCCCGGAAGCCUAUGUGGAAUAAACCCCCGAUGGAGAAAGAGUAUCAGAAGAGACAUGAUUCUCACCAUAGCAAAAAUACAAAAGCGAGUAAGAAGUCUUCUCUUGCAUGUACUGCAAAAGAUAAAAAUGAGAGGAAGAAAGAAUUCUCUGACCACAAAAAUGAUGAAAACGUGACCAGUGAGAUCAGAAAUGAAUUGCUUGAGUCUGCCAGAUGUAAUGGAAGAAAGUUCUUGCUGAAGGGGGAUCAAGCGCCUUCCCUUAAUUUCAGCUGGACCCAGUACUGGAAAAAACAAAGUGAUAUACCAAAAAACAAAGAAACUCAUACAGGGUCUUUGAUUGAGCAGCUGACAACAGAGAAGUAUGAAUGUAUGGUAUGUUGUGAGGUCGUCCGAAUAGUAGCACCUGUGUGGAGCUGCCAGAAUUGCUACCAUGUAUUUCACCUGAAUUGUAUUAAGAAGUGGGCAAGAUCACCAGCUUCUCAAGCUGAAGAUAGUAACAGCGGUUGGAGAUGUCCAGCUUGUCAGAAUGCUUCUACACAAGUUCCUAAAACUUACACUUGUUUCUGUGGUAAGGUACACAAUCCAGAAUGGAAUAGAAAUGAAAUUCCACAUAGCUGUGGGGAACUCUGUGGAAAGAAGAGGCAGUGUUUGGAUUGUCCACAUCUAUGUAAUAUCCUGUGUCAUCCAGGACCUUGUCCUUCAUGCCCAGCCUUUGUGACAAAAACAUGUGAAUGUGGACAAACAAGUCAUUCAGUUCGCUGUGGCCAGUCAACAAAAAUUCAUUGUUCUAAUGUAUGUGGAAGUACUUUAAACUGUGGCAAGCACAGAUGUACUCAGGUGUGCCAUGCAGGAGAAUGUUUACCUUGCCAGCUAAAAGUACAGCAAGUGUGUUACUGUGGGAAAAACUUCAAAGAAGUAUUGUGUGGGACAAAGGAAGAAUUUUAUGAUGGAUUUGGGAGUUUCUCGUGUCAGAAUACGUGUGGCAAAACAUUAAACUGUGGGAGGCACAACUGCACACAAGUAUGCCAUCCUCAACCUUGCCAACUCUGUCCGCGACUUCCACAAGUAGUUUAUCGCUGUCCCUGUGGUCAGACUCCUCUUAGCAAGUUACUGGAACUAGGAUGUAUUGAACGUAAAAUAUGCACUGAUCCUAUCCCAUCAUGUGGAAAAACGUGUGGCAAACCUCUUUCUUGUGGUAGCUAUGAGUUGCUUCAUACAUGUGAAAGCCUGUGCCAUGAAGGAGACUGUAAACCAUGUUCUCAAACAUCAAAUAUUUAUUGUAGGUGUGGCUUCAAAAAAAAGGAAGUCCCGUGUGCUCUACUCAGGAAUAAAGCUGCUAUUACCUUUAUGUGCGACAAGCGAUGCAACAAGAAGAGGUCGUGUGGACGACACAAGUGUAAUGAAGUUUGCUGUGUGUUUAAGCGAUUGCUGGAUCAAUGUUUUGAUGAGUUGACUUGUUACUGUGGGGAAUCAGUGAUUUACCCCCCUGUUCCUUGUGGCACUCAGCCACCAGAGUGCAAAAAAACAUGCACCAGGCCACAUGACUGUGAUCAUCCAGUGUACCACUCGUGUCAUAGUGAGGAGAAGUGUCCACCCUGUACCUAUCUCACUCAGAAAUGGUGUAUGGGCAAACAUGAACUGCGAAGCAAUAUUCCCUGUCAUCUCACUGACAUUUCCUGCGGGCUUCGCUGCAAUCAAAUGUUAAAAUGUGGAAUGCACAAAUGUAAAAGAAUCUGUCAUAAAGGGGAAUGUCUUAUAGAUGAAGAGUGUAAACAGCCAUGUAUUAUUCCAAGACUGUAUUGUAAUCAUCCCUGUAUGGCUCCGUGUCAUCCUUCUUCGCCCUGCCCAACAACAUCCUGCUGUGCAAAGGUUGAACUUCAGUGUGAAUGUGGAAGAAGAAAGGAGAGUAUGAUUUGCUCAGAAGCAUCCAAUACAUAUCAGAGAAUAGCUGCUAUAUCUAUAGCCACUAAGUUAACGGAUCUGCAGCUUGGAGAUUCAGUGGAAAUCAGUAGACUUAUUACAAAAAAGGAAAUGAAGCAGGCCAGGUUGCAAUGCGAUGAAGAAUGUUUAGCUCUUCAGAGGAACAGGCGCCUUGCCGAUGCUCUUGAAAUAGAUGAUAAUUCUGACCCUUUUAACACUCGUUCUUCUGGACCAAAGUACAGUGAUCUUUUAAAAGAAGAUGCCAGGAAAGAUUUAAAAUUUGUCAGCGACGUUGAGAAGGAGAUGAGAAUGCUUGUGGAAGCUGUGAAUAAGGGCAAGUACACAAAGAAGAGUCAUUGUUACCCACCAAUGAACAGAGAUCACCGCAGAAUCAUCCACGAAUUAGCUCAGGUUUAUGGCAUUGAAAGUGUGAGCUACGACAACGAGCCAAAGCGUAAUGUUGUUAUCACUGCAGUCAAAGGGAAAUCCAUUUGUCCAAGCAAUACCUUAACUUCUGUGCUGGAUAAAGAAAUGAAGAGCAGGCCUCCACCUCCUAUUCCUCAUUACAAACAAACAGAUAAGAAUAGUGGAAGCAGCGGUUUGUCCAAACCACUAAAAGAAGAGCCAGUAAUUGACUACUUUGAUGUCCAGGACUGAAGUCAUUGAUGUAGAAUUACGGCACAGAAGCUCACAGGUGAAGAUACUAAAUUACUGCAGAAGGUGCUUUUGGUUACUUGUCAAAUGAGUGCUUGUCCAACAUAUCCAUGGUUUAACAUCUGAGGCUGGAUUGCAAUACUUUACCUAAGUGCAUUGUACCUAACAGUUGUACCUUUUUUUUUUUUUUUUGAAAGCUGGGUUGUCUGCACUUUUUUUUAAUCUAAUAUGCUUUCAGAAUGAUGUGAAUUUUCAUCAAUGCCUUGAAAGUGAAAGAAAAUUAUCAAACAGAUUAUUUUGGGUAAUAGGAAUAAUAAUUCUUACAGAUUUAUUUUGAUGUAUCUCAUGCAGUUUAAAAUGAACCAGGAAUAACCUGUUAAAAACAUUAAUGGGAAUAUUCAAAAAGCAUUUUCUGAUGUUAUUAAUUCACUUCCAUGUUACUGUGGUGAAUCUGGGGAUUUGAGUUACUCUUCUGUGUGCAAGGAAAUAUGAAACUUAUUCACUAACUAUGAGUGUACACUCUAGACGUCACAAGAGCACAGACUUCUUUUGGAUCUGAAGAAAAAAGAUUUGAGGAAGGUGGAAAAUUAAGGUUUAUUCUGUUGUAUCUCAAAUUUGACAUUAAAAAAAUAGACAAGAAAAAGAAAAUUGCUGAUGCUGUUAUUUGAGACACCAAACAAGAUAAUAUUUAAUAUUAUUAUUUUAGUGUUCUAUUUGGUUCAUGUUUUAUUUAGAUAAGUUAGUUUGGUGGACUUGGGUUUUUUUUUUUUUGCAUGGUUUUGUUCAUUAUUUGUAAUAUUCUUCUGUACUGUGAGAGCUCAAGGGAAUAUGUGAAGUUUGAGCUAAGUGUGUUUAGAGUCAGAGCAAUAUUUGUAAAAUUUCUAAGAACAUUUGUCUUAGCUCUUUGCCAGUGGGAGAUAUUUCUUGCAUGGAAAUGCCAUGAACAAAAGGCCAUGAGUGUCUGGUGUAAGAAGCAAUUUCACAGAGGGUGGAUUUGUUCCAGAUUAUGAGGUGGGGUGGAUGAGAAAACUGUAAGUCUGAUCAGAAGUGGCACAGCUCUAACUUUUGUUGCCAAGACAAUGCAAGGCAGCAACCCGUGCUUAAAUUCACAGAGUCAGUCAUGAAACUGCGAACCUUAAGUGUGAAGAAUUCUGUGGCUACGUUUCAUUCUCAGUGAUAUGAGAUUGUGAAAUAUGAAACAGCGGCAAAUUCACCUCAUCUGCCUCCAAAACCUUUUCAGAAUUAAAAUGCAUGUUACUGCAAAUUUUUGUGCUAAUUAUUUUGCAUAAGACGACUUAAAUGUUUUUCUAAAUGCCUCAAAUGCAUAUGCUUCUGUUAUAAGAACAGUUACCAGAAGGAUUCUCAGUUCUUGAGCUUUUAAUGUGCAUGUAGUGGUUUAAAUCUAUUUUCACAUUUUUUGUAUUACAUUUAGUGAACAGAAAUGAAAGAUAAAUUGACAAAGCCUAUAGUGCCCUUAUUUUUUUAAGCAAAUUAGUGUUUGAUCCUACAAAGUGUAGCACUUUGCUAUAUUCAGUGAAAGAAGUAAGUUGCUUGGCAUCUUUUCAGUAAUUUAUUUCUUCAAAUCCCAUCAUUAUGAGGAGUGUAUCUGUUCCCAGUACUUGCAGUGACAGCUCACCAUGGCUAGACAAAGGGUAAUUUUGGUCUAGAAAUUCAGAGCUAUGUUAGUAUUUCCAAGCUAGUAACUGCCAAUAGGGGGAAUGUACGUAGUUACACUGCAGAGGUUUGUUCUGGACAGGAGCUGUCACAUGUCUGGUGAGCUGAAGGUGUAUCACAUCCCUCCAGUGCAGUUGGCAUACCGUAGGUAUGAAGAAAGCAUCAUCAAAAACAAAACCACACCUAAUUGAUUUGGUUGAUAUUAAACAGCAUAAGGCUGAAGCGUGUUAACUUUUCACCCACACUGAAGUGAAUGCAGCUGAUGCUUCUCAUCUGUACUUCUGAUUUGAAAUACAAAACUUAAAAGGCUUCCAUAACAUUAUACUCCUUUUUUUAAAAAUCAAAUUACAUCUGGCAUAAAAAUAUGAACUUGGUGAGAUGCACUUCAGCAGUCAAGUAUUCUGCUACUGUUCUUACUAAAGCCCAGGUAUCUUUAGCUUCUCAAGUUGAAACUAGUAACUACACUGAAUCUGUUCAUACUGAGAAGUCAUACUCAUCACUAUACAUCUAACUGCAUGAAUAUCAAAAAUUUUAUGUAGAUAUGUAUAUUAAGCAUCUUAAAUCAUGGCUGUUGGAGCUUAUCUGUAGUUAUGCAUCAAGUCACACGUGGAAAAACAUUUGGUUUGCAAUGCGUUUCAAUAACUUGGUUGAAACAUGAUACUACAUAUCUACCGUACAUCUAGGGAGAUGAUACCAAAAGGAAUAAGUGUGGAUGUCUUUCUUCCUAGAAUACAGUAACAUGGCCUUAAAAAGGAGCUCAGCAAUGUAUAACAGAGGUGUUUGCUCUGUUCUCAUGUGCUUUGGCUGCAGUGUCUGUGACUUUCACAUGGAAUAGUACUAAAGCCGGUAGUUUUGAACUUCUUACUGCACGCGUGCCUCAUGGAAAUAAUUUUCAAUUAGCUAUUUUGUAACUCCUUCAGCAGACCUUUACACCUUUGUCUGGCAGAAAAAUGAUGGAUAACAGCAAUCAUUGAUCAGUGAAGUCAGUAGCAAAAUCUUUACUGAUGUCACUGUAACCAAGACUUGAGCUUGAAUAUACUAACCAUUUUCCACAGCCCGCAGAGUGAUGUUGUUUCUUGCAAACUUACUUGGUGCAGGUGUUCUGCAGUAAGCAUCCUUCGAAAUAACUUGUGCUGUAAGUUAGAAUUCAUGCAACUUCAUGAAGCGCUUUGAAAAUUGUGUAUAAAACAGAUAUUUUUGCAUUUUGGCUGUGAUAUUACCUAUAUUGUUUAAUGUGUUUAAAGUGCUCUGAGUAUUAACUGCUUGGGUUUAACCUAAAAUUGUGUAGGAUGCUUAAGUGGACCUCAGUACCACGGUUUCUGUGGCACUUCUGUACAAUAUCUGCCACCUAAUGAAAUAAGCAAAAUAAGAAAAGUGUUUUAGAACAAUUGUAAGUUAUUUGUUGAAAGAUUCUUAUUUGACUUGGUUGGGUUUUUGUUUAUUUUUUGAAGUUAUUGGUGUCAAAUGACCUUCUUUAUAAAGCUGAAAUAAAAGUAAAUUGAAAGUUCUGUGCUUUAAA